AUGGCGCCAAAGGACCUCAAGCCCCCCUCAGCGAGCGCUUCGCUGGCUAAAAUUGAGGGUUCAGCGGGAGAGGGGCGGGGAGAGCUUCUGACCUCCCCUUCUCGUCUGCGAAAGAUCGACCUCCUUCGCGACAAGAACAUAGGAAAAUACUUGCCACUUCCCCAGCUUGUUGCUGUUGGCGACCAGAGCUCUGGAAAGUCUUCUCUCCUCGAGAGUUUGACUGGCAUCCCAUUUCCACGCGGCCAGGAAUUGUGCACUCGAUAUGCCACGCAGAUCACCCACCGCCGCGAGGCUGAGACUUCCAUUACUGUCAGCAUUAUUCCAGGCCCGAGUGCGUCGGAAAGGGACAGGCAAGAGCUGGAGAAGUUCCAGCGGUCUGUCUUGACAGCCUCCGAGCUCCACCAUCAUCUCCCCGGCAUACUGGAGGAGGUAAACGUCCUCAUGGGUGUUCGAACUCGUCAGAAUCCCCUCGGCUCCAAGACCUUUACCGAAGAUGUCUUGAAGAUUGAGAAGUGCGGUCCAGAUGAGGACUACCUCACAGUUAUUGAUGUCCCUGGCAUCUUUCGCAUCACCACUAACAACGUCACAACCGAGUCUGACAAAAUCAUGGUGCGAAACAUGGUCCAGAAGUACAUUCGAAACAACCAGACCAUUAUUCUCGCUGUACUUCCUUGUGUUGUCGACAUUGCCACGCAGGAGAUUUUAGCCAUGGCAGAGCAGUACGACCCUACUGGCCAGCGCACACUCGGUAUCCUUACGAAGCCCGAUCUGGUUCGCGAAUCGAGCGGCAAGAGUGUUGUAUGCGGUCUGGUGAGAGGCGAAAAGAGGCCUCUGAACCUCGGUUACCAUCUCGUUCGAAGCCGAGGUGGAGACGAGGACGGAAGCGCUUUCGGCGACGAUGACCGGGACAAGCUGUUCAAGGACGAACCUUGGUGCAGUCUGCCCUCAGACAGAUUUGGUGUCGUUGCUCUGCGCCAGCGCCUGCAGCAUCUUUUGGGUGACAUCACCGACAGGGCAUUCCCGAAGCUGCGUUCGGAGACCCGCCGCAUUCUUCACAAAGCCCAUGAGGACUUGGCCAAGCUCGGGCGAUCUCGAGGAACCGUGCAAGAGCAGCAGCAAUUCUUGGUCGCUGCUGCUAGCGACUUUCAAACCCUGAUCCGCUCGGCCUUGAACGCGGAUUAUACCUCCACUGCAGUGUUUGAUGACAGCAAGUUUCGUCUCAUCACCAAUGUGCUGAAUGUGACUGAUGAAUUCAAAACCGAUUUCAUAUCAUCUGCCCACACCUACGAGUUUCUCGACUCCGAGGAUGAUGGUCCCGCCACCGAACCCAGUUCUGCUCAUGAGGACCUGGAGUUCGAUUUGUUUCCCGACCUGGACGACGUCAUCGUGCGUGAGAAGAGUGACCACCCUCCAAAAGGUGGGAUCAUGGAAUGGAUUGGCGAGGUUCGUCGUCAGUCCAGAGGAAACGAGUUGGUUUCGUUCAAUACUGUUCUCUUCUCAACCGCCUUGCGGCAGCAGACGUCGAAAUGGCUGGCACACGCGCACUACUAUGUGAGCAGAGUCAUCUACAAGAUCCACGAGUUUCUUGUCAGCACUUUGGAAGUUAUCUGUCCUGAUAAGAGAGUCAGAGAGGAGGUCUUGUCUCAGAUUUCGGAGGAUCUUGUGUCGAAGUACGAAGCGAGCUUGCAGCAGACCAAAUUCCUCGUCAGCGUCGAGAGGGACAGCCACCCGUACACUUUGAACAACUUCUUUCGAAGCAAGCUUUCCGAUCUUCAGAGUGAGCGAAUGGAGAGGGUGUUGGACAGGAAGAACGUACAAUUCAACACCCACCGUGGCCAUACCACAACGUCGGUCAUUCCUAUGGCCGAUGUUAAAUUGACACUGAGAGACAAGGAUGGUGGCAAGUACAUUGCCGAGGACCUUCAUGAUUUGAUCAAGGCAUACUAUCAAGUGGCGCGUGAUCGCUUCAUUGACAACGUCUAUCGCCAAGUCGUCACUCACUUCCUCGUCUCUGGGGAGGACAGUCCUCUCAGGCUGUUCUCGGAGAAGUGGGUGCUGGAUUUGAAGACUGAGAAGCUCGAAGCAAUCGCUGGGGAAUCACAUCAUGCCCGACAGCAGCGCGAAGCCUUGAUCAAGAGAAUCCAAGAUCUGACCGACGCAGUCGAGAUUCUUCGCUAA